AUGGUGGACAGGGAGGCAAGCUCGAAGCGGUUGGAGAUGCGAGUGAAGACUCUUUCGAGCGUCACUGUGGCUGAGGAACCAAAUCCCAGCAGAGACGCAGCAACGAACAUGGCGUCUCCGGAUGUGGACCACAUCGGCAGCAUGGUGGGCGAGGAAGACGCUUUCCCAACAGGGCAGAUGCGGCGCCGCGUGAUCGAGCCGCCGCUGGGGUCUAAGAUCGGCUACCACGAGCUUGAAGACGAGAAGGAGGAUGCCGAUGAGGAGUGGAUGACAGGGGAGGCUUCGCAGGUCAGCGGGGGCGGCACGCGGGGCAGCAACAACUGGGUUCUCAAGGUCUUGUUCCCGAUUCUGCUGAUUGUGGGCAUCAUCUGCAUGCACAACUGGUGGACAGACGUGAAGUAUCACGUAUCCAACGCGGCUAAGGCGGUGAGCGAUGUGUUCGACAGGCGCGCCUUGCUGGAGGAGGAAGAGGCGGAGGGGCGGGGGCAGGGGAGGUUCUCCGGAGAAGAGGGGGGAGCGGUUUCGGAACCACUGCCGGACAAGGCGGUCUACACGGUGGGCCUUGGAGAGACUGGUGCCACCGCGGACAGCCAAGCGUAGCCGGCCACUACCCGCAUCCCGCCUGGAUUGGAACGUUUUUGGAACAUUAUCUUGCUCGGGGCCCUUGCCGGUGUGGCGGUAUUGCGUGAAUUGACCGCAACGGACAAGUAAUACUCGGACAAACUGCUGCUUUUUUUUUCUGUUGUCUUGAAUGCCGUUGUUGGAGUCCAAAGCGGAUCUACGGUAGGUGUGUUUUAGAUGAAGAGCGCCUGUGUUAACUUGACAGACAUGUGUUGAGGACAAAGUAUGGGAAUUUGCAGUAGGGAUAAGCGUUUAUGGGGUCGGGGUCGGGGGGAUCUGAAGACCCUCCCAAUGGAAGCUGGGCCGUAGACUACUGUCUCUGGAGAACUUCGAAAAAGAUAGCUGUCCGGGGGCUCAGUGUGUGAUCGCAUCUUGGGAGGGGGGGGGGGGGGCUGAAAGAAGCACUCCUGCCGGUUGCAUGCAGUGUCGUGUGUACUAUGAAUGCGUCUUUAUUGUGCUGUGUUAUACAACUACUGUAGGUGUAGGUGUCUGCUGUGAGUAGCUUAUUCGACGCGUCUGCGUGUUACUUUUUGACAUUAACAGCUGGCCCAAGUGACGUUUGACGCAGGCCUCUAGCUUGUGUAGCUGGCGGAUCCUCAUCCAUGCUACUCUUCCUCACAGAGAAGAUAAACGCGUUGCGCCGUGGGCGGUUAAAAGGUAGGCCGGGCGAGGAUAGCGGUGGCACCUGCAUUGCAGACGUUUCGUCCUGUAGCCCUGGUGUCGUAGGUCUGUAGCGCAUCUCAAGCACCAAGUGCUGUAGUGGGCUAGGCCGCACAGUUUUUUGUCUGAAGCAUCGUCGAGAGUAGACUCUGUAGAGGACAUCACAUACCACCUGGUAUUGUGCAUCGAUGAACGUGUGCUACGUAGGGUACGGCGGUGGCUUGCUGUGCGAGACCCAAUUGUGCUGCAGGAUCGGUCGCUCUCUCUCUCUCUCUCUGUAACAUGGGGUCGAUGCUCAUCUUGUCGCCCCAUCUCUUGUCUAUGUCUGUCUGUCUCUGCAUUAUGUUGGUACGAGUUGUUGGUAGUGUUGCGUGUCAAGGCUAACGCCUGUUUAUGGAACGCCCGAAAAGAAGCGUUAUAUGUGGCAGCAGUAACUGAUAAGCCAAAUAUUACCGAUG